UUUAAACAGAUUUCCCAACGUACAAGCUAGUUGCCCUAAUCCGAUAAGUCUCGAAGAUUCACUACACACUACUUUUGAUCUGGAAAAGAUCGUCCAGGUAUCGUGGACAGGGGAUCUUAAGAGCAAGAAAUUCAUAGAAAGUUGGACAGAGAAAGAGAUAGCCUUUGAGCGUCGACGAUACAUCUUUCUCUCGGUCUCCGUGCAAAAAGCAUUUCAUUUCAUCUCAAAGCCUCUGUUUUUCUUUGGUUCAACUUCAGAGAGCUGCCUAAAUCUUCUUGCUAGUUACCAAAGCCUUCCUACAUUAUUGUUGAGAGUCCUACAAGGGAAGGUAGAGAUGCCAGACAAAGAGUCAGCCAGCUAUCUCUCUACUAUUGGAUUUAUAGACCAGAGAGUGAAUUCUCAUAAGAAGUUCAAACCAGGGGAUAAAACGUAUAUUGUUGCGCUUUCUGCAGUGGCAUCAAAAGUAGCCUACGAGAAUAAAGCCUUCAUUCGAGCAACUGUUGAAGAUCAAUGGAAGAUGGAUUUGUUGGGUUAUUAUGAUUUUUGGAAUGAAUAUCACGAAAAGAAAUCAACUCAAGGAUUCUUAUUUCAUGAUAAAACUCGCUGUCCAGGCGUAAUAAUUGUGGCAUUUAGAGGUACAGAACCCUUCAAUUCAUAUGAUUGGAGUACAGAUUUCGACAUAUCUUGGUACGAAUUCCAGGACAUGGGCAAGGUCCACAGCGGUUUCAUGAAAGCUCUGGGCUUACAGAAAGAUAAAAAAUGGCUUCCCAAUAUCACACAAGACGAUCAACGCCCAUUGGCAUACUACACAAUCAGGGAAAAACUAAGAGAUAUAUUUCAGAAAAAUAAGCAAACAAAGUUUGUCCUAACAGGACACAGCUUAGGCGGUGCGCUUGCAGUUCUUUUUGCAGCAGUUCUUGCAUUUCAUGACGAGACUUUUAUACUGGAAAGAUUGGAAGCAAUUUACACAUUUGGGCAGCCAAGAGUAGGUGAUGCCGAAUUUGGCGACUUCAUGAAGGAAAAUUUCAGGAAUUAUGGCGUUGAAUAUUAUAGAUUUGUUUACAGUCAUGAUAUUGUGCCCAGAUUGCCUUAUGAUGACUCUAUCAUGCUUUUUAAACACUUCGGAACAUGCCUUUACUAUAACAGCACAUACGAAGGAAAGAUUGUGUCAGAAGAACCAGACAGGAAUUAUUUUUCUGUGAGAUCACUAAUAUCAAAGAGGGUGGAUGCACUGUGGGAAUUGGUAAGAAGCUUUCUUCUUCCAUAUUUGUAUGGAGCAGAAUACAGAGAAAACUUGCUUCUACAAGCACUUAGGUUGUAUGGACUAGUAUUUCCAGGCAUGCCGGCUCAUGGUCCUCAAGAGUAUAUUAAUGCAAUUUGUUUGGGAGAUGCUAAUUUGUUCACCAAUGUUGCUGUAUCAUCUUGACAAUUCUCGUCUACUUUGGUGUCUUAUUGGAAAUUGGAAUUUAUUCCUACAUUAAUCAAGAAUCACAUAUUGUAUAUUAGGCUUGUUACUCAAAUUUGUGUAUAUUGAUGUAUAUAGAGUAAAUAUAUAACAAAAACUAUACCGCACUCUUUUGGCAAGCUA